AUGAACAUGUGGGCGGUGUCAAACAUGCCCGUGUACCGGGUUGACAGGGACACGCGGCGCAAAGGGGACAAGAGUUCGACGAGUCAUGGACUGGAGAGUCCCCCAAGGGAACGGGAGACGGCACCGCCCGCCCCUGUGCCUGAUAUCGCUCCCCACCCCAACCACUACCCACACCAGAUUGACGGGCUUUUGGAUCCUGCUAUCGAUGGCCCCCCGUCACCAGAAAGCAUCCGCGCGUUGAGCAAGCAGAUGAGGCGAUCGUCGAUCCGGGACAAGCAUCACAGCCACCAGACAACCUCGUCUGGCUCGUCUUCGCUGCGUUCGUUGACUUCAGCCGACCGGCCCUCGUGGGAGAACUCGUUGGAGGGCAAGAGCCUGUCGAGAAAAUCCUCGGGACGAUCCACAUCCAGCAGUAUGCCGUCCCGGGACCGGCCUGACAGCGUGCAAAUCUUCGGCAAAACAAUUUUUAGCCGGAGAGGGCGGGUGAGACGUGAGAGCAGCGCUCAAAGCUCGUCGACCAGUUCCAUGUACUCAACCGAGGCAGGGGCCGACGCCUCGAUGCCGCCUCCUCCGACCGCUGUUUCGAGCCGGGACUCCACCAUCCCGGCCCUUUUCGGCCUUCGCCGGGGCGCCAAACAGGACCAGGCCGGCGAGCCACAGCGCAAAUUCCACAUCUCGGGACCAUACAACUUCCAGCAUGUGACUCAUACGCAAAAGGAUCAUCUUCCGGAUUUGCAGCGGACCAACCGAACCGUUCUGGCUUCCGAGUUUUCGCAGCUUCGAGUUUCUCCGGGCCCCGCCACCGGGGCACCGAGGGGAAUCGGAGCCGAAGACAUGACCUUUUCCGACUUCUCAUCCGAGUCGCUGCUAUUUGACGAAGGCCACGGGGCAGCGGCGGCUUCCAUGGAGCUUCAACCAAAGCAUUCUCUCGCUAGACCUCCGUCUGUCCUCCUAAAGCGCAAUUCGCCCCGCCGGCUCCUCAAUCGCUCUCAGUCGCAGGAACAGUUGGGUAGAGGCAUUCCGCCCCCGCGACCACCGAGGUCGCCCAUCGACCAAUUUGCGGCCCCAUUCCCCCCUGUGCCACCGCCACGGGUAUCUAGUCGGAUGUCAGUUCGCCAUGAACGACUCGACUCGGUGGACAGGCCACAAACCAGUGCCAGCACCCGUUAUCCCCAGCCGUUCCCUUUGCUCUCCGAAACUAACAGUCCCCCUGCGGCGUCUUACGGCUAUGUGCCAGGUACCGAAAUGAACGUCAUUCCCGAGCACACGUAUUCGCACGUCAUGAGCCCCCCAGCAGACGACGCCAACUGGCCCCUGCCUUGCCCGAGCAGCGCCGCAUCCGAGUGCGCCCUUCCGAACGUGCCUGAAGAAGAUGAAAAUGCAUUCGUGUCGAGGAAAUGCAGAAGCAGUAUCGCCAGCAACUCAUCUCUCCGUGGCAGCCAAUCCGUUCCGAUGUUGAGGGUGUUUUCCAAUCGCAAGAGAGACGAUGCGACCCGCCGGUCUAGCGAGGCCUCAGAUACACUGGGACGGUUCGAUUUGUUUGCUGCGCAGCGAGCGCUCAAAGCUGCGCUAAUCGAAGGAGCCGAAGUGCUGCCCCGGGAGAGCUGGGAGGACGACAUUGAUUAUUGUUAUGAGCAUGCCGCAGAGGCGGAUUGCGACUAUGAGUGGGAUCGUCCAUCAUUCGAGAUGAGCCGGGAGGAUGACAGUGCGACGCCAGUUGAGGACCAAGGGCGUCUCGAGUCCUGCGGACCCUCGCCCGCGAUGCUUACACCCGGGCAGUUUGAUGUUCCAUCUCUCAGUCCUGUCAGCCAGUUGUCGUUGGCGACGGCACACGAAGCCAUCACACCGACUGUAGCGAGCAAUCUGAAAGCAUCCAACUUCUCUCUGCCACGAGUCGAUUCAAAGCAUCUGCUCCAUGUGCGGAAGCCAUCCGACGCAUCCAGCUUCAAGGAAUCUCAUGGCUUCACCCUGUCACCCUCGCUCUUGAUCCCCAUGGACUACCAACAGCAGAUGAUGGCCUGCGAGGCAGAAAAGCGCAAAUCGUCCGACUUUCCGUUCCGUCCCUUUGACGAGCCUGCUCUUAGCAUGGAUCCCUCGGCGCUCCUUCUUCGGUACCGAACCAGCGCCUCAACGACCGCCACAACCGAAAGCGCAAGCUCUGCUUUCGAGAAGCACAUCUCGACCGCGUCGACGUCGACUGACUUCACCCGGCUGACCGCCAGCACCACCUCGCUCGAGAUGGAAAGCUAUCCCGCCAAACCGGAAUCGCUGCAGCGGUUCCCUUCAUUUGAGUCCCAGGGCCGGGUCGAGAGCAAAGGCGCCAUGCCCUUACUUCCUGAAACGGAAGUGGCAGCAGCUCCAUCCAACCGCCGCCGCGAAUUCAGGAGCCGCGGCAGCGAGUCAAAUCUGGGUAGGCUUGCCAUGGAUGAGCCGUGGCCUGGGAAAGCCAAGAGCUCGGCCGCGGCAAGGCGUGGGCGCGCGAGAACCACCAGCCUCAGCACGCCGCCUCCGCCAACCCAAUCUGGGGUAUUUCCGUCGCUCCAGUUGACGGGAAACAAGAUGUAG